AACAAAUUUGUUAAUUUGAUUAUAAAACAUUAUGAUAAUUACACAAAAAUAAUUUUUUCUAAGUUCAUCUUAUUUCUCAUCAAAAAUUGAGAAUUAAGAAGUAACGAAAACGAAGAUGGGAAGUUUUAUAAGAUAUAUAUUAGGUGGAUUAGUUGGAAUAUGGUUAUUAUUGGUUAUAUUGGCUCCAAUAACAGAAUUUGGGAAAAUAUUAAUUUUUAAGAUGGUUAGUAAAGCAGAAUUGAAUCGCGUUAUUGAAUAUGUUUAUUUCUUAAUUUCAUUUCUUGUGCCAUGGUGGAUAGUUGUUACAAACUGUUGCGUAUGUUUUGCACAAAAAGGAAUAUUAACUCCUAAAGAAUUAAUAAGAAAAUUAAUUUUCAUGGUUAUAGUUUGGAUAGCUAUUUCAGUUUUUUACACAUAUUUUACAAAAAAUGAUAUUGGAGAUAUUCCAUCUAAUUGUCCACCAGAUUAUCCAUAUUCAGAACCAAAACUUCGAUUAGCAUGUAUUAUGAGAACAGCAAAUUAUGUUAUUAUGUGGACGUAUACAAGUUUAUUAAUUAUAUUUUUAAUUUCUGUUUUGAGUGGGGUUUUACCACAAGAAGAGGAUAUGAAAAAGAAGGGAAAAGAUUUUAAUAUUAAAACUGUUGUUGAAGGUGUAUAAAUAAGAACGGAUUUUAAAAAAAGGUAAUUAUGAGAUAGAAGAGUAAAAAUAAUUUAUUAAUAGAGUUAAAUCAUUUUUUUUUUUUAAAA